UCACGCAAGCCAAGCGUAUGGAGUAUAACAAACCCGCCCACAGUCAGCCUAUUAUUGUGACAACUUCGAAGUUUAACUAAAUUUAGGAAAGCAUGAGACAAAACUAAUACAGGAAACCACCGUUGUGUAUGAAUCAUAAGGCAGACGGGGCAUCGCGAUAUGACGUCUAGUGCACUAGUAGUGUCACUAAGUAUCCUAUUUUGUGCUGACAGUUUCAAUUCUCAAAGACUAUACAGUAGGCGAGAGGCAGUGGGGGCGAGGCAAGGUUUAUUUAGAUCGACACAGAGUUAAGCGUUUUAUGGUUGACAACUGUUAACUGUUGUCAAUGUAACAUUGUUUAGCAGUGUUACAUUGAUACUUAAUAUAAGCUAGUAAACGUAGCAGAGGCAGAUCGGAAAAAUAACGCGCAGAACGGACACUGCAACGCUGUCACAACUAGCUUGUUACAUAGAACCCACUUGCCUUAGUUGUGGUGAAUCAUUUGAUUGCACUAUGACAUUGACCUUAAGUACGCUUAGCUUGCUAUUACUGUAAAGCUAAGCAAUUCGACAGUAUGCAGGAGGGACAGAGGGCUGGCGCAAACAUAUAGGAAAAGGAGGAAUAAGAAAUUCCGGUUUGCAUUAUCCGCGACGAGGUUAGCCAUUAUUAUUUCUAGAGGGUUCGUUUGAUUAACAAACUAGCAAACUAUGAAGAAGUUCUCUCGAAUGCCGAAGUCUGAAAGUGGUGGACUUGGUGGGGGUGUUGUCUCAGGAUUUGGUACUGGAGUUGCUAACUACGUUGGGAAAGUGUUCGGUGUUGGCCGAUUCCAGGUGACUGUAGAAGAACUGAUUGCGGAAGGAGGGUUCUCGGUUGUCUUCCUUGCCCGGACCCACGGUGGAGUGCGGUGUGCCUUGAAGAGGAUGUAUGUUAACAAUGUUCCAGACCUGAGUGUCCACAAGAGGGAGAUCACAAUCAUGAAAGAGUUGUCUGGUCACAAGAACAUUGUGCGCUACCUGGAUUCUACCGUCAACAUGGUGGGAGAGAGUGUGUGGGAGGUCCUCAUUCUCAUGGAAUUCUGCAAAGCUGGUCAGGUAGUGAAGCAGAUGAACCAGCGUCUCCACACUGGAUUCAGUGAGGCAGAAGUGCUGUCCAUCUUCUGUGAUACCUGCGAGGCCGUGGCCAGGUUACACCAGUGCAAAACCCCAGUCAUUCACCGGGACCUGAAGGUGGAGAACAUCUUGCUAAAUGAUGAAGGAAACUAUGUACUGUGCGACUUUGGAAGUGCUACGCACAAAGUGCUUCUCCCACACAAAGAUGGCGUGACAGCAGUGGAAGAUGAAAUAAAAAAGUAUACAACCCUGUCAUAUCGAGCUCCAGAGAUGAUUAAUCUUCAUGAAGGCAAAGCGAUCACCACUAAGGCUGAUAUAUGGGCUCUUGGAUGCUUGUUGUACAAGCUGUGUUUCUUCUCGCUUCCAUUUGGAGAGAGUCAGGUCGCCAUAUGCGAUGGAACAUUUUUUGUUCCAGACAAUUCCAAAUUCUCCGGAAGGUUGCACUGCUUAAUCAGAUAUAUGCUGGAACCUAAUCUAGAGAAGAGACCUGACAUCUAUCAAGUCUCAUACUUUGCCUUCAGGUUGGCAGGAAAGGAGUGCCCUGUGCCAAACGUCUUUAACUCUCCUCUACCCCCGUCCCUUCCCGAGCCUCUGACUGCCAGUGAGGUCGCCACUAAGAAGAGCAUGACGAAAGCCAGAAUAACAGACUCUGCUGGACCAACAGAAACAUCUAUUGCCCCCCGACAGAGACCUAAGGCAGUGAGCAUUAACGUUCUGCCCAUCAACAAUGCCGUCACUCCUGUGAAGAAGGUAUCUCCUCCAGGACCAGUGAGCAAUGGGGAGGGGCUGAGUUCUCAGCAGACUCAGAGGAGCAGCCAGCAGCAGCCAGAAGACCAGCGACUGCAGCUGCAGCAGCAGCAAAAACUGCAGCAACAGCAACAGCUGCAGCAACAGCAAAAACAGCAGCAACUUCAACUGCAGCAAAAACAACUGCAGGAACUGCAACUGCAGCAAAAACAACUGCAGCAACAACUGGAGCAACAGCAACUGCUGCAGCAGCACCUGCAGAAACAGCAACAACUUCAGGAACAGCAACAGCAGAAACAACAACUGCAGCAACAGCAACAAGUGCAACAACAGUACCUACAACAGUACCAACAAGCUCUCCAGCAACACGCACUUCAGCAGCAGUCACAGCCCGCGUACCAACAGCAGGCUCAAUAUGCUGCUCUGAUGCAGCAGUACCAGCAGGCUUUCGCCAAUCAGCAGCAGCAGCAGCAGCAUCAGCAGGGCCCUUAUCUCACCUCCCCUCUGGAGUUCCAGGGUUCCCCUGGGUGCAUAAGCCCAGCAGGAACAGGUCCCCUGGGGCAGCCCACUGCUGAGCCUUCAUUCACUAAACCCAGGAAUAAUGUCCCGGACGCAGAUGUGGUCAUACCACCCCCACAGAACUUCAGCAGCCCCCCCGACAUGCUGCACUGGAACCCCUUCAGAGAAGACAGGGUUCCCAAACUCACAGAGGAAGAACUGCUGGACCGGGAGUUUGACCUUCUUAGAGCAAAGAAGCCAGUGGAGAGAGCGACCAGUGUGGAUUCUGCUGUAGACCGGCUGCAGUCCUAUCAGAAGCCCCUCUCCGAGGACCUCUUUGGCUCCAUUCCUUUUCUGUCUACUGCAGGAGGGCCCAGUACCGAAAGUUUGAAGCAGUCAUGCGAAGAGCUCAGUGACCCAGCAGGGACUUCAGUCACAGUCCUCACCAAGGAGCCCAGCACCAGCAGAAGCAGCAGCAGAGCAGGGGAAGAGUCAGACAGCGACUUUGAGUCAGACCCCCCCUCCCCCAAGAGCAGCGAGGAGGGUGAGCCAGAGGACGAGGAGGGCCUGAACCUCGAUAACGGGGAGUUCAACGAAGACAACGACGCCGAGCCCGAGAAUCUGGGUCAAAGGCCGUUGCUCAUGGAUUCAGAUGAAGAGGAGGACAAAUGCAGCACUGAUUCCAGCUGUGAGGACCUGAAGGAGGGGGACACACAUGCAGGUCAGCAGGCAGGAGGCACUGUGUUUGAGGGAGGUCAUGCUGGUGCUGCCUUGCUCGUGCCUAUUGACUUGCCCAUCGCUGUUAUGAGAGAGCUGUCUAGGGGAACCGUCGACAUGGUUGGAGCUGAGCCAUUCCUUGGCGCUGCACAGGGCGACUCCACCGAAGACACUGACAUUUUUUCCAAAGCACCCUUCAGACAGGUGAGUCAAGAGCAGGCUAUGGAUGAGUUUGAUGUCUUCACCAAAGCUCCGUUCAGCAGACCCAGAAAGAGUGGUGGUGCUCCAGUCGGACAGAUGGUCCCCAUUUCCCCUGAUGCUGUAGAUGUUUUCGGCCGUUCUCUUUUUUACCCCAGCCAACAUGUGCCUCUCUCUCAGAGCAAGGAGGACAUCUUUAGUUGUGCGCCUUCGGAAGAAGUGUCUUCUCACCAGCGACAGAAUCUGUCUUCACAGCAGAGGAAUCUGGAGAGCCCAAAAAACACUGAAAAACAGCAGACUGGCAGCAGCCAGAGUGACAAACUCAGUUUAAAGACACCCCAACAUGACCGCCAUCCCAAACAUGCAGUCAGGACAAACUCUCAGGACAGCAGUGAGUUCCUCAGGUUUUCAGACUUCAAGGAGAACAACAGCCAAGCCUCAGUCUGUGCCAGAGAGGGAAUGAUGCCUUUACCCUUUGAGGAUGCCGGGCUCUUUCAACUCCAAGAUGGCACCCAGCACUCCCAACAACAUAGCCAAGAUUAUAACAAAGUGGAUCUUGAUAGAGCCAAAGGUAGAGCUCCGCCUACCUCCUUGCAUACCACCCAUAGAGAGGAGACUAAUAUGGACAACUUUGGUGCAGUGCCAUUCACAGAGCUGGUGGUCUUCAGUGGGCCACGUGUGCCUUCUCAAGAUGAACUGGACCCUUUUGGGUCUGCACCCUUUCUUUCGAAGCAGUGAAUGGUUUGUCUUCCAGCACGCACAUACCGAUGUAAUUCAAAGCUUACUGAUUCCCGGGAAGGAAAUCCAAGGGAAGCAGCUUUGUGGUGUGGUGUUGCAGCCAAAUUAACAAUAUGCAUGGGAUGUGCUUUUGGCUCACAUUUUGGCUUAAUGGUAAUUGGGACCAGUUCUAAUUGAGAUAAAAUGACAAAAAGUUUAUUCAUUAAAUAUAUUCCACAUGCAAGGUCAAUUAGUAGCUCUUUGAAUGAUAUUAGCAGUGCUCACAGAGGAAGUAUGAUACAUUUAAAUGUAGGCUAAUCAGUGGGUUAUUAUCUUUGCCUUUUACAAUAAGACACUCUAAAAUAACUAUGAAUAAUGUUUUAAUUUUAUUUCUGUUUAAUACAGACAUUUUAGGUAUAUUUCUUUAUUUUGUAAAAUUAGCAUUUUCAGGGCAUCAGUGAAAACCGUUUGUAUAGCUAGAUAACUAUGUUGGCUGCUUUGUAUUUGGAUUUUGGCAGCUGGAAGAAUCUGUCGAGACAGUACUACCUUCACUGUUGGUGUUUAUUUUUUAUGUGAAUGUGCCCAGCUUCAGUGCUUCUAUAAUGCUUGUGUAAUGCAAUAAUGUAAUGUGCACAUUCUUUUUUACAUUAUUGUUUUUUGCUUCAGUAAUUUUCGUAUGAUUUUGCAUUUUAUUUUAUGAUUAUCAGGAAGAAAAUAACAUCCCUAGCAUAUACAGCACAUUGCAAUACUGAUGGACUAAACCACUUUUAGAAUUAUGUUAUCACAAAGCAGGACUUAAAUUUGAGAAGUGCUCCGGAUUACUUAUCUAUUCUUGAUUAUGUAUGUUCUCUUUGGCAUACAGCCUGUAAACUGCACUAUUAUUACAGUUAUUUUGAGUGAGUUGCUCUAGGAAAUCAAGAUUUUAAUGAUUUUUUAAAAAUGAUUGACUUUAAAGGUAUUCUUUUUUUUAGUUUGACUAAAAUUGUAUGGUUGCAGCAACUAGCUCCAUCAUUGACUGCUUGGUUGGCUGUAAAGGCAUUGAAUUGUGGCUAACAGAUUUACCGGUAAAAUAAUUUUGCACCACAAAGCUUUAUGGGAAAAAAAUAAUUUCCUGUUGCACAGUACCCCUGGGCUGCCACAGAAAAAUGUAACUUGAAUUAAUAUUUUUUAACCAACAGAAUGGAAGUCAUUUUAUUUUUUAUGUUUGAGGUACCCUGUUCUGAUACUGGAGACAAUAUAGUCUUUAUGAUAGAAUUACUUGGUUUCAGUUUUCACAGAAGAAUAUGACAUGGGUAUGGGCCACUUAUAAUUUAACUGCAAUUAUUUUUAACCACCCCAUUUUACAGCAUUACUACAUAUUCACAAAGAGAACAAAGUGAGAAUUAAAAUAAAUAAAAAUAGCUUUGAAUCUGGAAAAUACAGUGAAUUACCUGGAAAAGGAGUGUACAACUUCAGUCCUGGAGGGUUAGUGUACAUGCGAAUAUGUGCGUGUGUGUGUGUGGGCAUGUUUUACUAUCUUUGUGAGAACCAAAUGUCCCCACAAGGAUAGAAAGAUGAGGAAAACUACGCAAGAUGGGGACUUUUUGCUGGUCCCCACAAGUUCAAGAGGCUGUUUUAGGGUUAGGACUUAGGGUUAGGGUUACAAUUAGGUUAAGGUUAGGGUUAAGGUUAGGCAUGUAGUGGUUGGGGUUAGGGUUAGGGUUAGAGGUUACGGAAUGAAUGUAAGUCAAUGGGAAGUCCUCACAAGUAUAGCAAUACAAACGUGUGUGUGUGUGUGUGUACGUGCAUACACUUUGCCUGUGGACAGUGGACGUUAUGGGCCAAAAAAGCAUCAGACAUUUUUAUCCAUAUCCAAGGUGUAUAUAUAUAUAUAACCAGAACAAACUUAUUUGUUGAAACCACUCCAACUCAAACCUACCAACGCAAGUUACUGCAAAUUUUGAGCUGUGGCAAGGAUUCCCUCUUGUGGUCAAAAUGGACAGUAUGAUGCAUUUUUGGGGGCCAGAAAUAAACAAUUUCUUAAGUAAAAUAUUGGGUUGGUAGGUAUGCCAUCCCGCCAAGGUACUGCUUGGUGGGGCGGCAUGCCCCAUACCUAUACAGCAUGAGAAUUUGACAUUUUUUACAGAAAUACCCACAAUGAUUCUCAGCCCUUAAGAACUUUAACUGCUGGACCUUUUGAUUUCAUGUAAACAGACAGAACUCACAAACUUCACACGUCCACACAAUAAAGCCACAAACCUAGGUGA